AUGUUCAACGCCACGCAGCUUCCAUACUUCACGUUAAGUGCCUACUUUGACACGGGGCUUCUCAAGUACUUAUCCUUUAUCAUCAUCAUGUGUCUGUACAUGUUGGUUGUGUUCACCAACGUGCUGCUCAUCGUGGUGAUCUGCAUGAACAGAAGCUUACAUGAACCCAUGUACCUUUUCCUCUGCAGCCUGUGUGUGAAUGAGCUGUUUGGGAGCACAGGGUUGUUUCCAUUCCUUCUGGUUCAGAUCCUCUCAGACUUUCACACGGUUUAUGCUCCACUUUGUUUCCUGCAGAUUUUCUGUGUGUACACUUAUGUUUGUGUAGAGUUUCUCAACUUAGCCAUCAUGUCUUAUGACAGGUAUCUGGCCAUCUGUUAUCCUCUCCAGUACAACAGCCGUAUGACCUAUAACAAGGUGGCCGUGCUCAUUGGUGUAACCUGGUUAUUCCCAGUUGUUGGUAUUCUCGUGUUGAUCUCGUUGAGUGCUCGUUUGCAGCUGUGUGGGAACGUCAUCGACAAAGUUUACUGUGGAAACUACUCCAUCGUGAAGCUGGCCUGCUCCGACACCCGAGUGAACAACAUCUAUGGACUCCUUUACACGGUCGUCUCCAUCAUCGUUCCUCUGGUUCUCAUCUUCUACUCGUACGUGAAGAUCCUGAGAGUUUGUUUCUCUGGGUCCAAACAGACCCGGCAGAAAGCGGUCAGUACCUGCACCCCUCACCUCGCCUCCCUGCUCAACUUCUCCUUCGCUAGUUGUUUUCAGAUAUUACAGAGCAGGUUUAAUAUGAGCAAUGUCCCCAAUGUGUUGGGCAUUUUUUUAUCCUUGUACUUCCUGACAUGCCAGCCUCUCUUCACCCCGGUGAUAUACGGCCUGAAUAUUUCCAAAAUACGCAUCAUAUGUAAACGUAUCUUGUCUGGUAAAAUGUAG